CUCUGGUGUCCGUUCGUAAUAAACCCGAUUGCUGACCGUAAUAGGUGCCCAAGCCACUAUACCAUCUCACUUUCGGCAUAGCACGCAUUUCUAGCGUCAACCUACUCGGGGACGUCCGCUCAGCCAGUCCGAUUGUCAUGUUUGCUACACUCGCUUUGUUCAAUGGUCUUUCGAUCAAGCAACGAAUUCCUCCGCGCUCAUUAUGGUGAAGUGCGUGGCACGUCGCCCACCACUGCGCAUCUGCCGGCUCGUGUUCGCGCACCACCCUGCUCGUCCACGCGUCGCGUGGACGCUAUCCAGACUGGCGGGCUCGCACAUGAUGCCUAUCUACGCUUAGUCUUUUCCUCUACAAUGUCUCUCCAUGUACGAAGGCAACCGAGGAUGUUCCACUUGUAUAUAUGGUGUCAUGGAACAUCUCCUUGGGAAGCAAAAAUGGUGGUCAUGUUUUUCAGUAUUGGUCUUGUCUGUUAUACCCUCGAAGGACUGUUUUGGGUCACGAUUUACGCUCAUCAUUCGGGUCGGGUGUUUGUCUUGUUGCAUCUUCUGGCGUUUUGUCUUGUCUUCACGAGGUGGUCCCGCGGCGUUACGAAGACUGGCUGGGACACAUUUCACACAUUCGCUUCACCCACUGUAGUUACUAGGAUAAUCUUUAUUGCUGCUAUCUUUACCAUCGCUCCGCGCAUCUUUGCCGUCUUUCGCAUUGCACUUGUCACGUCCCUACUUCGCAGCCAAAGUACGAGCACAGCGAGGCGCAUACACGAAGCUCCAUGGUACGAGAACGCAAGGUACUCAGUGUGUUUAUUUAUGGCUGGGACUAGCGCGGAUAUGGGCCGUGGCCCCAGGUUCUGGCAACCUUUCGCCUUUGCCUGCACAACACGAGGGAUCGCCUCUCAGCCUCUCCACCCUCUCCAGCUAGGUCCGCGGACACUCUGAUCGUCCAACACUCGUGUUUCGAGAAGUCUCGUAUCGUUCUUUCGGAUUGCUAACGCUGCACUGGGGCAGAUCGCUGCUUGCUGCGGCCGACCAGUCUCCCGUUCCGUUUUGGC